AUGGGCUGGACGGGACUAAUAUGUUUUUGCUACUUUCUCCUCGCCUUAGAGGUGUUCGGUCUUCCUGGCAUAUCUCACCCAGUCUCUAUAGCUAUUGAGUCUUACGGCAUGCUAGAGAUAUUGUGGUAUCUCUUCUGGUUUCUCCCGUAUAAGUCAUACCUGCAGAAACCCGGAAUUCGCCUCGAGCCGAUGACUAGGGCCCAGCGAAGGGCGAUGAUCAGAUCUCUCCUCAACACUGUGCCAGAUAUUCUGAUCUUCCUGCGGGGAUGGUUUGCGAAAGCGCAUCUCGACGAGAUAUAUCGGGAAGACGUGAUGGACUGGAUGUUGUGGGCGUUGUGGGGAACUGAAAGCUUCGAGGGUGUGGACAUGGAGGAGAUGGAUGAGUACAUCCAGGAGGCCGAGAUCAAGGCAGGUAGCAGAUUGCGUCCUGGUCGAGGAGGUGCGAAACCAAUUCGCGUCAACAUCGACCCCGUCAAGAUGGUGCACCGGUCGCUUCUGUUCUACGGGCUGAUAGGUUUUCUGGAUGUCAAUGCAGCCAUUUUUAUGUUCUUCCAGGGUUUCAGUUUCUGGAGACAACCUCGGUCCAACUUUUUCAAGGUCUUCCCACCGAGACUGCAGACGCUUGCUUCGCUGAAUGCGUCAGCUGCCCCGGAAUUCAGCUAUUUUUACCGGCGCCACAAGUGCAAGAGAUAUCGACCCAUCGUCUUCUGCCACGGGAUCGGCAUUGGGUUGGCGACUUACAUCCCCUGGUUGAUGACGAUACCUAAAGACAUUGGGGUGCUCGCCAUCGAGCUACUUCCCGUCUCAGGGCGCAUCUGUCCAGAGGCUGCCUCAAGCAGCGUCUUCAAGGAAGGCAUGCGUAAGAUCCUGUCCCAGCAGGGCAUUGACGACUUCGUUUUCGUCGGCCACUCAUACGGCACGCUACUUGCGCGCCCAUUACUGGAAGACCCCGUUAUUGAACCCAUGAUGAACUCGAUGGUCCUCUGCGAUCCAGUUGCCAUACUGCUCCACCUUCCAGACGUUGCGUAUAACAUGACUCGACGGGAACCAAAAACAGCACCUGAACUCGAGAUCAGCUGGGGCGCGGCGCUCGAUCCCCGAAUCGCCCACACCAUUUGCCGACGUCUGAACUGGCAGGAACAUUACCUUCUGCGGGAGCACCUGAUCGGAAGGCGUACGACGGCCAUCGUGGGUAGCCGUGAUUGCGUUAUCCACCCUGACGCCGUGGCUAGUUAUGUCUACUAUGGCGAUGUCAACUACACAUCAGCUGACGUGGAGGAGUGGAAGAAGACACCAGAAGAGUGGACGGGGCGUGGCGAAUUGGAGCUGUACUACCUGUACGACAGAGAUCAUGGCCAGUCUCUUCUUAUACCAAACGAAUCUGUUCAGAUCACGGAAGUGGUCGAGAAAUACUGCCGGAUUGACGGGGGACCAGAUCCUAAGUUGGGGGCGAAGGACGUGGACACUCCAGAACCACCCCCCAAGCACCCAGCCAGGUCACACUUCAGCGUGCUUACCGAUUCAAAUAUGGUUUAA